ACUUAACUCAUCUCUGUUUCUCUGACACUUUCAUUUUUAAUUUUGUUUUCCAUCCAACUUGUUUUUGAAUCUGUCUCCUUAAUCAUUCCUUCCAUUUCCAACGAUUUUUUCUUCUCUUUGAAUCUGUCUAGUUAAUCAUUCCUUCUAUUUCCAACGAUUUUUUUCUUCUCUUUUGUUAUUUAUUCAACGCCCUUCCUUUUCUGUUUACUUUCACAACUUUACAUUCCUCAACAAACCCACCUCUUGAUUUCGAUGUUUAAUGCCUUCUACUAUGCUCAACUCUUGUAAUAUAUUUAAAUGGGGCUGUAAAUCGAUGUGGGGUUUCUUUUUUUUUUGUGUAGGAUGUUAAGUUUGGGGACAUUUCCCAUCAAGAAGAACAACAAUGGGUUGCACUUCUUCUGUUUACGCAGUUGGGAGGAAGAAGAAACUGAGCAUACCGGAGAUGGUUGUGUUUGUUCCUUCCAUGCGAAUUCCAAUGCAAUCUGAUCUUCAGAGACCUCUCAGGGGACUUAUUCUCAAAGAUGUUGCCGAUAGACUGUCUUCACUUCGUAAUCAGAUUGUGUUGGUAGCCGAGGAUACAGGUGGAUCUGCUAUAACGGAAUUGCGGGGAGCGCUGGAAGAGUAUCUCUCUGUUUUAAUUGGUCUAACAAAGAAAGAUGAUGGAUUGAUAGAGUUCAAAUGGAGAAAUUUAGAAAAUGGACGACAAGAAACAUGUAUAGCAAACUUGUGGUUUGAAUUGUUGUCUGUUGUUCACUUAAUGGCUAUGUUGACUCUAUCAGAAGCUGAUUCCUUGAUGAUCCCCAAGGAUCACUCUGGUUCUGGUUCGAGGGUAGUGUCUUCAGAUUCCAAGAGGGAUGCCAUUGAUUUGCUUCUUAAAGCAUCGGGAUAUCUCGAUUGCUGCAUCCGGGAUAUUCUGGUCUACAUUCCAUUUGAUAUUAAGAGACGGUUGCCUAAUGAUUUUAAACCUGGUGUGCUUGAAGCCAUUUCAAUUCAAACUCUGGGUCAGGGAACUGAAAUCCAACUUGGUUUAGCUGUUGAAACUCAAAAUGCGACCUUAUCUGUCAAAAGGAGACUGGCAUGUGAGCAGUUGAUCUAUUUCAGCCAGGCUUACCAAUGUUUGUCGGAAUGCGACAUGGAUCGAGGAUAUGGAAAGAAGCACAUGUCAUUUAUUAAAUGGAAAUUUCUUGAAUCCAAGGCUGCGGCUUACUACUACCAUGGUCUGAUCCUCGACAAAGGUUCAGAACCAUCGUGCCAUGUCAGUGCUGUGUGCUGUUUUCUUGCUGCAGAAGAGCUUCUGGGUGAAAGCAAGAAGGCCUGCUUGAGCUUUUGUCUUGCAUCUCCUGUCACCAGGCCUCCUCCACUUUGGGGUGCUAUGAAGCAUUUACAUCAAAAAAUUCCAGAAGUUGCUUCUCGGAAGUCUCAGAUGUACGGAUACCUCUUGGAACAGGAGAAGGCACUUCAGGCGUUACCUGAAUUACCAGAAUUUCAACUGUCAUUAAGGCCAGAGGAAUAUCAACUUCCUGAAAUUGAUUCAGCUUGGAGCUCUCAAAAUUGUGAAGCCUACACUCACACCUUGAAGUUAAAGGAACACCUUAAUGACAGUGAUUAUGAGACUUUAUCUGAAUGACUUCUUUUAAUCUUCUUAAUUUAUUUCAAUACCACUGUUUAUGAGUAAAAUAAAAUUAAUUACCAAAAAAAAGGAAAGAGAUAGUUGGAAAUGUAGCAAUUAUGUCUAAUGUAUUAACAAAUAUAUUAUAAUGCAAAAAAAAUUGUCAAUAUGACAAUUUAAAUCCAACUCUCAAAUUCUAUUAGUGAUAGAACAUGUCAUUAAUAGAAAUCUAUUAAUGAUGAAUUUUUUAAUAUUUGCAAUUUUCUACAAAUGUUUGUAUACAUUUAAUUAUCUUUGCUAUAUUAGAAGAGACUAUGUGGGAAGAA